UCCUGGGGAGGAACUCUCAGCGGCGGUGCAGCUUUUCCCCUGGAAAUAUGGCCACUGAGCUCGGCAGUGGGGGAGAGCCCGAUCAGGGGCUAAAGGUGGCACUUGGACAGUAUGAAACAGAUGAGAUUUUGAGAGCUACUGCUGAGCAACAAAAUGCCUCUGGUGGUGAUGGCAUAUCAGGAUCCAGGAUGAUGGACCAAAGCUUGUCAACUCUAAUCACAGAGUAUGAUAAACACUUGGAAGAAAUGAGACAACAGCUGCAGCUUUAUCAGGUGCAAAUGAAUGAGAUGAGACAAAAAUUUGAACAAGUCACCAAGGAAAAUGAAAGGCUGCAUGCAGAGUUGAAAGAGGCCCUUGAGAAGCAACUGGAGGCUCUUCCUUUCAUGCCUCUGGGAACUGAUAUUCCUGCAGAUGAAGGCAUAGUGAGAAACCUUCAAGAACAACUACAACUUACAAAUCAAGAAAAAGAACAAGCAAUAGAGCUCUGGCAGACUGUAUUGCAGGAGCAUGAUCGACUCCAGCGGCAGUACCAGGAACGCAUGACUGAAACGCAGAUUCAUGUGGCUGAAAGGCAAAAGCAGAAAGAUCAACUGACGGGCUUUCAACAGUUGACUCGGCAACUGCAUAUAGCCAAUGAGAAAAUAGAGUUGAGCAAUCAACAGUUUCUGAAAACUGUAGCAGAACAGAAUGUGGAACUAGAGCAGCUACGAAAACAACUGAGGCAAGCCAAAAUAGAUGGGCAGACAGCAAAUGCUAAGGUUGAUGAAAUGACCAGAUUGACAGAGAAGCUUCAAGGCCAGUUGGAGAGAAAGGAAGAAGAUGUGAUAACUGCCCAGCAAAGAGAAACAGCAUCUGACAAACGCUUGCAGCAAAUGCAGUCUAGUAUAAAACAAUUAGAAACAAGAUUACGUGUUACUGUCGAAGACGCUGAACAGCUGAGAACAGAAAGAACAGCCCUGGAGAAACAAAUCGGAGAGCUUCAGACAAAGUAUGCUAAUCUAGAAAGGGAGAAACAUGAAGCUGUUGCAAAAUUACAAGAUUGCAUACAGCUCUUAGAAGAAGCUAACCUACAGAAAAGUCAGGCACUCUUUGGGGAGAAACAAAAGGAAGAGGAAAUAAAAACAAUGAAAGAUGAAAUGUCUCAACUUGCAGAAGAUACUGCUGCAAGAAUUAGAAAGGCACUAGACUCUGCAAAGAAGCAAUAUAAUGUGCAGAUUUCUCGACUAACAGAAGAAAUUUCAGCUCUUCAGAUGGAAUGUGGAGAAAAACAGGGUCAAAUUGAACGAGCCAUUAGAGAAAAGAGAGCUGUGGAAGAAGAACUUGAAAAGAUUUACAGGGAAGACAGAGGACAUGAAUCUGACAGUAGAAAACUAGAGCAACUGCAUCAGAAAUAUUUACUUGCAGAAACUACAAAAGGUGACCUUCAGCUAAGUCUACAGACAACACAAAAUAAACUGAAACAACUGGAAAUGAACUCUGAGGAAGAGAAAUCUCGUUGCCAGGAAGUUAUCUGUAAAUUGCAAAGCAUUCUGGAUUCAGAAAGAGAGAAGAGUGCCUUUGUCAGUGAACAAAGGCUAAAACUUCAGCAAGAAAAUGAACAAUUGCAAAAAGAAAUGGAGGGCUUGAGAAAACUGGCCAUAGAGGCUCAACAAAAAGCUAAAAUAAAGAUAAGCACAAUGGAGCAUGAGCAUGCUGUGAAAGAACAUGGAUAUGAAGCUCGACUUAAGGAAAUGGAAGACACCAGUCAAAAGUCUACUGCUGAACUUAGACGGCUGUUAGUAGCUCAGCAAAAAGCAACAAACCGGUGGAAAGAAGAAACAAAAAAUCUUACUGAAACUACAGAAGCCAGGAUCAGUAAGCUAAAAAGUGAGCUGAGUCAACAAAAACUUCGUAGCCAGGAGCUCAUUUCUCAGCUGGAAAUGGCAAAUGAAAAGGUAACUGAGGAUGAAAAAUUAAUGAUGGAAUAUCGAGAAUACAUCAACAGGCUUCAAAGGCGACUGAGCCAGGCAGAACAGAGGGCCGCUACAGCAUCUCAAAAGCUCAGCCUGAUAACUACACAGAAGAAAAAAGCUGCUUCCCUGAAGGAUCUGGAAAAUAUUUAAACAUAUGAAUUGUUCAUCCACGCCGUGUUGACGAUAAGAAGAUUGCUGGAGAAACUUCAUAUUGGAGCAUUAAAGUCAACUCCAUGGCAAGGCUUGUAAAACUUAGAUAAACAUUUUCUGAUUUAUUCAGGUAAGAAAGGGGGUGGACAAAGAUACUGUAUCUGCAUGCAUAGUAAAGACUGGAAGAAGACUGCAGAAUGAUGUAAUUAAAGUCCUUUAAUGUAGCAGAUGAAACAAUCUGAUACAGUGCUGUGGCAUAUUGGUCUUUUUUUGGUCUAAACACCAGCUCCAACUACGACAAGAUUGUGUACAGGGAACAGAUAACAUUAUAUUGAAAUUCAUGAACAGCUUUGCUCACAUACAGUCAAUACCUUUAAUUUUUCUUUGUAGUGCAGUAACUUGGGAACAUUUUGAAGACCUUUUAUGAAUUGUAGUAAGACACUAAUUAAAUCAUGAAUGCCAAAUAGUUGCUGUUUUUAUAGUAGGCAUUACAGCUGCAAAAUGCCUCCACUGCCUUCCAGUUUUAAGAAUUCGGUUCAGUUUGUUCCAAUGCCCCUGGGAAACAGUUAAUAAAUAAAAUGCUCCUGUGGCUACUCAUACAGCUCAUGUCAAAGGACCGUAAUCUUUCUUCGGUUGUGCUUUUUCUUCCUGAUUACUGUUUUACAAUUGUUCCUUGCUUUCCUGUUGAUCUGCUCUCUCGGUUUGUAUGUGUCUGGGAAUUUCAGUUCUCCAUUACUUCAGUUUGCACAAAGCUGGUUAAGUCAUCCAGCUGUUAUGCAUUUUGAACUAGCGUGUUUGAAUUCUACAGAUGCCACUAUGUGGGAAUCCUCUUGCGUGCAUGUUUUUGGUAGCGGAGAAACUUCAUACAUACAAUUCUAAAAUUAGAGCUGAACUCUGUUUUCUCUUUCAGCAUAUAUUAUAAACAUUGGAUAGGUGUUAACUGAUUUUGAAGUGCUCCCAUCUUGGAGUUAUGUGAUGUAAUU